AGUUGCUAAACAGUAGUAUUUUUAUAUUCCUUCUGCAUGACUCAAGAUUAAAUAUAUAACUAGCACUAUAUUCACUCAGUUCCACAUUUUCCACUGUAAAGAAUAAUCAUAUCUAAGAUUGCGGGAAUAAUCAGCUUCCAUUUAUUUAGUGGUUAACAUUAAGGAAGAUGUUUGUACAGCGUUCGGUAGAAAAUAUUACGUCAAUAUAUAAAUCGUUUUAGGAACUGAAUCAUCAAUACAACAAAACUGUCCCUCCCUUCUCUUACACAACUUCACAUAUGUCCAUGACAACGGAGUGAUGACGUCGUGUGAAUCCGUCACUGGUUUGGCAGACGGAUGUCACAGUAGAAGUGAGAUAGCGUUUGAUUUCACCAUAUGCAAUGCAUCAUUUGGGUUCUCUGCCAAUGGUUUGUUUUACUGUGUCCACUCGGAAACAGUCGGUGAUGUUCAGUAUGUUGUCACCAUAAACCCAGAAGCUGUGGACUAUGUCACUACGUUCAAAUUUACUUGCUUUGUGUUGGCACAGAAUGGCUCCUAUAUUUAUAGCAGCGACACCAAAGGAAGCUGCAAGAGAGACCAGUCGCCUUUCUCCAAGGACAGCGAUGGCACUGCUUUUCUGAAGUUGCUAUCGUUCGGUUAAUAAUUGUCUUCUCAUUUUGUAAAUAAUUAAUGAGAAUUGCGAUUUUUAUUGAUAGAUCUCUAGAAUAGAUUGAUUCGGUUAAUUCUUUUAAUUCGGUAACUUUCAAUCAAAUUCCUUUCUGAUUUCCCAAUAGAAAAACAAGCUUGUGUGAAAAUAAGAAAUAUGAUUCAUACUGUUUAAAACAUCAGGAUGAUACUUUGACUAAACAAAGCUAUAAUUUUCAUUUUCAGAAUCGUGUCGUAAGUGUUUUGAAUUUAUUCAUUUAUUUACAAAGUAAUUAUGUACAUCCUGCAUAUUUCUCACUCUUCGACAUACAUACACGUAAUGUCGACCUUUUGUGUAUAUAUAAUUAAAAAGUCGUGUAUUAUUAAAUAUUAUAGCAUUCACUCAGUCCAACAACGAUUCAGGAACUGAUGACGUGAUAAUAGCAAUGGCGAUCAUUGGUGCCGUAAUAGCACUAAUCAUACUAAUAGUUAUUGUCUGCUGUUGUAAAAAGUCAUCGAAAGGGAAAUUGACACUACAAACUAUGACGUCGACAAAUAAGGACGAUGAAAAGCCUUUGAACGAAUUGAUCGAUAGUGAGAAAGUCUCCACAAGUGACGUCACGCCAGAGACAUAUUCCACUGAUAGUACCGCAUCGAGUGCAAAGUUCAAGGGUAUCCACCAAUCAAAAUUAGCUUCCCAAAAAGUAACUUCAAAUUUCAUACAGCCUUUAAAUUCCUCCAAUGAUUUGACAUCUUCUGAAAAGGAGACAGUCAGUAAAUCGUGUAAAAAGACAAAGGACUCUUUUCUAGAAAUGAUUUUAGAAACUGACGAUUCGAAAACAAUUACGAAUGAUAAAACACAAGAGUGUGAUAAUGGCCAGGACAAAGAUAAAUUAACGAUUGAUUAUGAGAAUUACUUAAAAACUUUGAAAAAUGGCACAAAAAGGAAAAACAAAGGAAAAGUAGAUUUUCUUGUGGACAAGGAACAGUUCGGAGAUCAUAGUUUACAGAUGUAUAGAUACCAAAAUGAAGUUCAAAAACAUGAACAAACACGGACCGAUUGCAUGCAAAUGUCUCAUGAAAACCAAACAGCUGAGGACCCAGAAUCAGCGUAUGAGUCCAAUUCUUCAACGGGGAAGAAAAUUACGUCAGAGGUUGAAGAAUUGCCCCAUGACAAAUCAGUAAGUACAAAGUCCUCUGAUGAAAGCGCUAGUAAUAGUAAUCUUAAACGGGAUGAAGUUGUGAAUUCAAAACGCAAUCCAUCACAUAAUAUAAAAGGUGAAGCCAUUAAAAAUGGAUCUACGGUCAACACUAAUGAGAGACAGAGAGAGAAGACUGAAAAGGGAAGGAAGAAUAAACUCUCUAACAAGAAGAAUAAUCAACAACUGAAGGAAGUUUCCUUCGUUCAUAGCGACAAAAUAUCUCAGAUGUCAACUGAAAAUGACCAGGUCAAAAUCGGUGAAAAGAAAGCUCAUACAGAAACACAGAAGGAAGCAGACGGUGAAAAUCAGAAUGCUAUGUCGGGAAAAGAUUCAGUUCUUGAAUCGCUGGUAAAUUCAGAGACACCAAUUACUGGAAUAUCACCUGAUCACACAAAUCUGUACCUGCUGAACGAACUCUCAUCUUCAGGUAUUCAGUCAACGGUAGAUGAAAGAGGAGGGGGAGCAACAAAGAACAAAAAACCUUCUAGAAAGAAUGAAAAGAAACAAAAGGCACAGGAUGGCACUGAAUCUAUUAACGAUAAUGCUGGGAGAAAAGUAAAGAGAGCAAAAGUAAAAAGGAAGCCCAAAAAUAAAGCCGACUCUUUGGAGACAAAAGUGAUAAAGAAACGAAAAUGUAAAGAACAAACCGAAGUUGAUGAUAGUGAAGAAUUGCAAGUUGUAAAUGACAUAGCUAAAAGUGAUCUAUUCAGCACAACAGAAGAUUUUUGUGAAAUCAAUUCAGUCAAUGAAAACCAACCCACAGCUGUUCAAGCAUGGGCGUGUAAUUCAGAAGAAAAGGGAAAGGAUGCCAGCACUCCGUCUGACAAAUUAAUAGACACCGAUCGCAAUUCAACUCAACAUGAAGAUGGAAAAAGUAUACCUGGUAUCCCUGAUAAGUCUGCUGGAAAUAGAAUUGACAAUUUGAACAACUUGAACUUCACGGAAUUAUUGGAAUUAAGACCCGCGAGCUCCCUUGCGCCAGUAUCUACGUUGAUAAGAGAAGAUACCACAUCGUCACUCUUUCAGAAAGAACGAAAGCCACGUGAAAUUGAAAUCAACACUGGUUAUGUUUCACCAACUAUGACAGCACUGAGAGGAUCAGACGAAGCUUCCUCCUUGACGAAGGUGGACGAAUCGCUGCCUCCUUUGCAAGUUUUAGAUCUUGAAUUACAAGCAUCUCCAGGAUCAAUGGGUCAGCGAUACCAUCGAUGAAAAUUACAGUUGUUUGAUGCAUGUUUUAGUCAAUUUCUUCUUGAUUAAAAAAAGGAAUCUC